AGAAGAUCUCUCCGUCACGAUAGGAAGCGACACUCACUUCAGUCUUUUAACAGACGCUGUAGGAAGACGUGAACGACUGUGGCGACAAGACACAUGAUGCGUUUGUAAAUAUAGAGAAUAGCUCAUAGCCGUGCAAUUAUAGCGUUGUUUGUAUUUUUAAAAGAAAAUAUACCUAGUAAUUCUACAAAAUGAGCAACAUAUAUAUUCAAGAGCCCCCUACUAAUGGAAAGGUCUUGCUGAAGACCUCAGCAGGUGAUAUUGACAUAGAGCUCUGGUCUAAAGAAGCUCCCAAGGCAUGUAGAAACUUCACUCAGCUCUGUAUGGAGGGCUACUAUGAUGGCACAAUCUUUCAUCGUGUGGUGCCAGAGUUUAUUGUUCAAGGAGGUGAUCCAACAGGCACUGGAACCGGUGGGGAGUCCAUUUACGGCCGUCCUUUCAAGGAUGAAUUUCACUCCAGGUUACGUUUCAAUCGGAGAGGUUUGGUUGCCAUGGCAAAUGCAGGACCUCAUGAUAAUGGGAGCCAGUUCUUCUUUACGCUGGGUCGGGCUGAUGAACUCAACAACAAACACUCAAUUUUUGGAAAGGUGACAGGAGAUACUGUGUAUAAUAUGCUCAGGUUAGCAGAAGUGGAGUGUGACAAUGAUGAACGGCCACUCAACCCACACAAAAUUAGAACCACAGAGGUCUUACAUUCUGCCUUUGAUGACAUCGUUCCACGUGUAACUAAAUCUAAAAAAGAGAAAGGCAAAGAUCAAGGGAAAAAAUCACAGUCCAAGGCAACGAAGAAUUUCAGCUUGUUGUCAUUUGGAGAGGAGGCUGAGGAAGAUGAGGAAGUAGUUAAUCAAGUCAGCCAGACAAUGAAAGGCAAAAGCAAAAGCAGUCAUGACCUGCUGAAGGAUGAUCCCAAGUUAAGCUCCGUCCCAGUGGUUGACAGAGACAAAAGCGCCAGAGAGGAUUCUGAGGAUGAUGAUGAUGACAUUGAAGAGGAAGAAGCUGAUCGUGAAUCAGAGAAGGAAAAGGUCAGAGAGUAUAUCUCCAAAAAACUGAAGAAAGAUAAAGCAGAGGAAGAGACUGAGAAGAGCCAAGAAGUGAAGAAGACCUCUCGCAGUGAUGAAUUGCGAAAAGAAGCUCGCCAGCUGAAGAAAGAGUUACUCGCAAUCAAACAGCGAAAAGAAGAGGGUGUGAAGGAGGAGGCUGACAUUGAGGGUAUCAGUAAGCCAGCAAAUGAGGCCAUGGCUGAGUACCUGGAGAGCAGGAAAAAGUAUGAGGACAUGAGGAAGCAGAAACUUAAGAAGGGAUCUGGUCGAGAGGCUCAGACACUCGCCCUUUUAGAAUCCUUCAAAUCCAAACUAUCUUCCGCAAUCUCAGAGGUCCCUGAUGUUCCUGAGGAUAACGUUGAAGAACUAGGCGAGGAUGACGAUAAGGGCUGGAUGGCCCAUGUUCUGCAAUUUGAUGAACAAACCAGAAAGGUAAAAGAUGCCAACAUGCAGGAUGAAGACACAUUCGAGAUAUACGAUCCACGCAACCCUGUCAAUAAGAGGAGACGAGAGGAGAGCAAGAAACUGAUGAAAGGGAAGAAGGCCAGGAGGUGAUGCUAGAGCUUACAGUCUCUUUCUUUGCUCACUCUCUGCAACAAAGUCUGUCUGGAAUAACUCUUACCAAUAGAAAUGGCAAAAAAUCAGGGGCAACAACCAUUUCUUUUUGCUUGUAUUAACUAUUGUUCCGUGUGCGGUGACUUAAGAAUGGGUGAUAUCUGCAGAUAUUGUUUGAAACUCUUGAAAUGUCUUCUAACAAUGUAGACACUGUAAAGAAAUCAGUCAGUUUAUUCCUCAGUGCAUUUAUUUUGCAAUUGGUCAUACAAAAUAAAUUUCUUACAUUAGUUAAAAUGUGCAUUUUCAUCAAGUUAAUAAAAAGUCCUAAUGUUU